AUGGAAAUAAGCGACUUGGAACCAGUAGCCCGAAGUGGCGCUGAAUUAGAGGCUCAAAGGAAGCAAGUGACUGCAAUUGAGGAACAGCUUGCUGCUAAAGAAGCGGAGUUGGAAAAAACGUCAGCGGAUUGGGAUAGUGCACUUUCUGCUGGCGUCGUUAGUCAAGCGCAGUGGGCAGCUAAUCGAGCGGCGGCUAACGAUGUUGCAAAGCUCAUUGCGAAAGCUCAGAAGAAGUUGGCCGAGAGAACAAAAAAAGUUGACCAGAUUGCUGGGGAGUUGGAUGCUGUUCAGAAAAAUGCUGCUGAAUUGAUUCGUGAACUUGAUGCAGCUCGUGAAUCAGAAGCCCUUUCUGCUGCACUAACAGUAGCUGAACCUGGAAACCAGGCCGAGAAGUUGAAACAAUUAAAAGAUAGUCUAAAAAAUACUGGAAAGAGGGUAGAUGACUUUGUUUCUGACUGCAAAAUACUCAUCCGAACUGCUGGCCCUGACACUGAUACUGCUGAAUUGGAUAGUCAUCUUCAAAAUGUAUGUGAAAAAUGGUCGCAAGUAUCGACUAGUCUGGCUUCUAAAGAAAGAGAGGUGGAUGCCGCUAUGCAGCAGCUCGGACGUUAUGAGGACGCCUAUAAAGGGCUUUUGAAUUGGUUGGAGGAGACUGAGGAGUUGAUGGAGAACCAGAAACCCCCAGCUGCUGAUUCUAAGGUAGCCAAGGCUCAACUGCAUGCUUACGAUGUUCUCAUGAAGCAUAUCGAGGAUAAAGACUUCAGUGUGAAAGGCUUUUCGGCUUUGAUAGCGAAGAUUGUCGCUAUGACGACUGUUGAAGAAGAAUUGAAGUUGCUCAAACAACGCGACGAUGAGAUUAAGAAAAGAUACGGUGACCUUGUUGACGCCGCACACGAUCGUCAACAUCGUUUAAUCGAAGCUGUUGAUUUGGCUGAACGGUUGUCUGAAGGAAUUGUGCCUCUAGAGUCAUGGCUUCACCAGGCGGAGAAGCGUUUAAAUGCUUUGGGAAAAAUUCCUGCAAAUGUCGAAAAAAUGGAAGAGCAGCUUCGAGAACAACAAGAGCUCGAUGAGGAGAUAUAUCAGAAAGGCGAGGAAGUCGACCGAGUUCUUGCUGUAAGUGCAUAUCGUCCUUUUGCGGAUGCUGCGGUUCUUAUAGCACUUCAUCUGAUCGUGCCCAUGCUUAGUGCUGUGGUUAGCGUAGAGGACGCAAACAGCCUUGAAGCACAAGCGAAUCAGAUUGCCAGCAGAUACGAGGCUAUCGCCCACCGGGUGAGACUUACCAGGGAUCUGCUGAAUGACAUGGCCCUCACUGUAAAUGACUUAUUCGCG